AUGAUCGAGCGUCUUCUAAUGCUCAAUGAGACUGCUGGACAGAACCCUAGCCUGCUGCAGCAUGAGGAGGUGCAGGCUGUGCAGCGUUCCCGCGAACGCCUGGUGGAGCUGGGUUGCCCUUCUCCGCAUCCAGAAGAAAUGGACCUGGACAUUUGGCUGCAACGUGAAGUCAACUCCAACACUGGACAGCCAAUCGUGUUCUACGUGAACCUCGACACGCGACAAUUUGUGGCAAGCAGCUUUACGCCAAGGCUUGACACGACAUGGACACCGAGUGCACCGCACAUCGACAUCCGGACGUUGCUCCUGGAAGUGGACCGUCUCACUCGCGGCGUGCGUGGCAGCGACAGCCUUCCCAGCGGCUUCCAGCGCUUCGAGGUGGAGGGAAUGGAGGCGCGACAGCAGAGGGACAGAAAAUUCUUGCUAUGA